GUAUAGGUAGGGAAGGUGUGGAUACUCGCUAGUUUCAUGCAUUAGGAUUUUGCAGCAUAUUUAUAAGCACUUAAUUUUAGAGCUGUACUUUAUUCCUGCAUUUUAUAGUACUGAUUUUUCUUCAAGUUUGUUUUUAAUUAUCAUUUUAUAAAUAGUUUGUUCAGUGAGUGUAUUUACCACACAUCUUUGUUUUUAAUUAUCACUUUAUAAACCAUUCAGUGAAUGCAUUUACCACACAUCUUUGCUUUUAAUUAUCAACUUAUAAACAGUUCAUUCAACGAGUUCAUUUACCACACUUCUUGGGAUUAGGCUUUUAUAUCUGUAGAUCAUGUGACUAUGUUUGUGUCUUCUUAUUUAAAUGUAAGUUAUCCAUAAGUUUUUUCAGUCGCCAUUUUCUCUGGUCAAAUACCCUUUAGGGAAACAGGGGUACCUCGAGUUCAGUGAGGGACUUUUUAUCUAUGGAAUUGAAUCUGCCUUCAUCUUAGAUCGGUGUUCCUAAUUACUUACUCCCAGUUCCCCAGGCACUAUAUGACAUUCUACAGGUUUAGUGCUCUCACAUGUACAGUAUAUGAGGAUAACCUGUUGCAUAAAUUUUUAUUUUCUGUAUUUUGUUGGUCUUUCAAAUGUGCAGUGAAAAUUGCAUAGUCACACAAGUAAUGUUUCUGGUGACCUGCCAGUAUGAAAAAUCUGUGAAAGAACUCUUUGAGUGCCUGAAGCUGGCACUGUUUUUGUUUAAUAUCUUCCAAAAACAAAAUGUCACUAUUUAAAUGAUCUACUUUAUAUGAAAAUAAAGAUGAGCCUACCAGAUACACACCAAGUGAUUAUGUACCAAAAAAAAUGAAUGAUUUUGAAACACUCAAAAUUCUAUCAUUGUUUUUAUACAUACAAUAAUACAUAAUUAGAACUGAAGGGAAAAUUCCACAUUUUUGACCUAUUUUUGCAACUCACUUUAAGUGUACUGCACAGGUAUCAAAUAGUUAUACUGUUGAUUGAAAUUUACAAGAAAAAAUCAAUUAUUUCUAUUAAUACAAUUAGAAGGGAAAAAAUUGUAAAACAAAAGAAAAGUCCACAAAACUUGACUUAUUUUUAUCCAGAAAAUAUGAGCAUACAGCAUGUACCAAAUCAAAUCUAAAAUUUAAUCAUAAUUUCUAUACUGUGCGAUUAAUACUAUCAAUGAUCUCAGUGACAGCACGAGAUUGUAAAGUCAGUCCAUGAAGGACUAAAGUUAGUAAAUAAAGAUGUAGUGAUUAUAGUUUUACUGUUAUUAUGAGGACUAAAACUUUAUUUAGAUUAGUGAUCCUGAAGGGUUAGUAGCCCAUUAUGAUCUUUAAAAACCAAGCAGUGUGGCUUUUUUUUUAUGGUAGGUCCUUUCCCAGGAUGCAACCCACAAUAAUCUGUGUACAGUAUUUAUUGUUAGGUUGACCUAUACAUCAUGCCUCAUCCAGGGUUCAGCCCUUGCCCCUCUCUCAAUUUUUUAUUUGCUAAGAAAGAUACACUGACACUUUCCAGUUUGUAAAUAACCUGUAAAGGUAGUAGGUUGGUAGACAGCAACCACCCAGGGAGGUACUACCGUCCUGCCAAGUGAGUGUAAAACGAAAGCCUGUAAUUGUUUUACGUGAUGGUAGGAUUGCUGGUGUCCUUUUUUCUGUCUCAUAAACAUGCAAGAUUUCAGGUACGUCUUGCUACUUCUACUUACACUUAGGUCACACUACACAUACAUGUACAAGCAUAUAUAUACACACACACACCCCUCUGGGUUUUCUGCUAUUUUCUCUCUAGUUCUUGUUUUUGUUUAUUUCCUCUUAUCUCCAUGGGGAAGUGGAACAGAAUUCUUCCUCCGUAAGCCAUACGUGUUGUAAGAGGCGACUAAAAUGCUGGGACCAAGGGGCUAGUAACCCCUUCUCUUGUAUAAAUUACUAAAUUUAAAAAGAGAAACUUUUGUUUUUCUUUUUGGGCCACCCUGCCUCGGUGGGAUACGGCCGGUUUGUUGAAAGAAGAAGAAGAAAUAACCUGUAUACCAUUUUGCAGGAAGGAAGAGGAACUGCCCAGAAUUCUCUUACCAUUAACACUAAAUGAUAAAUAGUGCUUCCAAAUGGCAUUUCUGGGUCAUUUUCCUUUAUUUAUGAUAAAGGUUAACUCACUCAGCAGUACAGUGUUGGUGUAGCUAAAAUAAAAAAUGAUCUGUUAAGGCCCAUUUCAUAACAGUGGUGCUGAUCACCCAGGUGCAUUGCAGGUACAAAGAAUUCAUUGCACAAUUCUGGGAAAUAAGUGACUCCGUCAAUCAACUUAUUUAAUUUUCAGAAAAUGGUUAAAAAAUGUCGUUAUUUUACCUUUAAGCUCUUCAAGGACAAAGGUUCCUUGAUGCUGGUAAAGGGCUUGAACAAAGGAGUUAAAGCUACCAUUCUCUUACUUGGAUCAAACCUGAGUACCUUUCAUUGUCCAGGUGCUGUAUGAUCAUCAUGGGUUUAGCACUUUCCCAUGUAACUAUAAUUACCUUUAAUCACACAGAUUUAGGGAAUGGUAUAGAAAUAUGGAUUUUUAUCACACCUAAAGCAUUGCAUGGAGGUGUCAACAGCCUAUACUUAGUUUCCUUCAACCCAGAGGUAGUUUUUUCUGUCUUUGAAAAUAUUAUCUUGUAGUAUAAAUAGUCAUCAGUGAGAGAGAAAGCAAAUAUCGAUAUUUUUUUCAUUUAAACCUUUCAUAUUCCCUAUGUUUUUCUUAAAGUGAACAUCUGUGAUACCAAAAAUACUAUUUAUUGGUUAAACUUUCCCUAUUAUUGUUUGUUAUUCUUUGAACUUCUAAAUAACUUCCAUGAAGUUAGCAUGUAUAGAAUGCUUUAGUGUGUUAGAUAUUGAAUUUUCAUAUAUUUGAAUGUUUUGGAAUACUUGUCGAAUAUCACCUGUGUUAAAAGUGCUUUAUAUAGUAUCCACAUAUGAAUUUCUUAUUAUAUAGAACAGUACAUAUUUUGUACAUGUAUGUUUCAGAAGAAUUAAAAUUUUUGGUAAACAUGUAGGAACAGCCAUAAAGUAUAUAACUAACCUCUGUAAUCCAAACUACAUUAGUUACCAUUUGAUGGAAGGUUAUUUGUUGGUAUUAUGUUCAUUCUAGAGUUUUGUGCAUCAGUUGUUAGAGAUCCUUUAUUAAAAUGGUAGUUUAAAUAUUUUCAACAUCACAGACAUAUGCGUGUGACUGUGAGCCUAGUUUCGAAAACAAUUCUAGUUCAUUAUUGUUACCAGUUAACGAGGCUAUAAAUUUUUAAAUUUUAUAGAAAACCUAUGACACCUUAUCAUAUCUUACUAUUUUCAAGUUAGGUAAAAUUGUUAUUUUCUUAGUUUUUCUUGUACAGUACAGUAUUGUGAUGAAUUAUCGAUAAAUAAAUGUUUUAUUGCUUAUAUUUCUGUAAAUUACUCAAUUUUUUUUGCUUUCUCAUUGUUACUGCUAAUAUAUGUAUUUAGUUGGCUUACUGACAAUUUGUUUCCCCGCACUGGUCUGCAUGGCUUGUUCCGCGCCUGCCCUUGCAUCGUUGCCUGCUUCUCACAAUCCAUAGACAUGCUACACCAAAAGGAGUACUCUCUACCUUCUCCUGGCUUUGUUGUAUCUAUGGGGUCAGGUAAUAAGGGAAUCCAAAUACCUAAGUCAGAGUCUAAGACUGGAGACAUGGAAAGUACCUUAAUACCUUCCAGUAGAUCCCAGCCAGGCAAAGAUGUUAAAUUACAUGGAGCCCACUCUAGGGCAGCAGGUCAUUUUAGACCUAUGCCAAAUUAUACCCAAACUGGUUCAGGGAGUGCACGUAUCACCCCACAGAGCCUAGGAAUUGCAUUUCCUACACUACCUAGCAGAGGCGGUGAAAGAAGCAGAGGGAAUUCAGGCUCCAAAGCAUUGCUUAGCAGGCCAGUAUUGCGACUAGGGCUCAAAAUGAGGGGAGGUUUAGACUCCUGUAAGAUGGAUCGGCCAAUCCAGCAUCACACCUUCCUGGCAGAUGUGGCGGAUGUGCGGCAGAUUGAACAAGGGCUCCUGCAGCUGAUGGAAGACUUCCAAGCAGGAAAUCUACGAGCUUUUGGGAAAGAUUCUCGGUUACGACAAAUGGAAGCCAUAAGAGAACAGCAGGAGAGAUUGGCACGACUUCAUUUCGAUGUGGGAGCUGAGCAGGAUCUUUACCCUCCUUUGUCUGAAGAAGGACUGAGAACUUCCCAUGACAACAUGAGAACACUCAUGGAAAAACUUGCUCAGCUUUCCGAAUCCAUCGAGCGACUCCACACUAAUACAAGCAGUGAGCGUAAAGCCAGCAGCAACGAGCGCAAAGCAUCCUCUCAGUCGUCCUACCAACGAGCUGCAGAAAACUCCAGUCAUGGCAAGUUUCAUUCUGGAAGUUGGAAUCCUCCAGCAAUGGAUGGUCAUACAACCAGCCACCAGGGGGGUGAGCCUCCUUUGAGUGUACCACAAACUAAUAAUUACAACCACAUAACCAACAAUUCACAACAUGCUAGUCCUGGAAAUUCCCGCUCAGUUCAAGGACAGCAUUUGGCGAACCGAUUCAAGAACUCAGCUGGUAGCCAAAAUGCUGGUAUAACAAAAAAUGGAAAGUUGACAGAUUCCUGAUGAUUAUUGUUUUCUGUUUUUACAAUUUAGAACUAUUUAGAAGAGAGUAAUAAUCCCAUAUAUUAGU